AAGCUCACGCCAUUCCUGAUCCUUAAAUCAGAUCACGCCUGUAUGUUCGAAAACAUAAGCCAGGACACGCUGCCCGUUUAUUACCGAUUUGAUUGGAAGGCCUGGAUGACGCCUGUCCUUUUUGAGGAUUGGUUUACGAAUUGUUUUAUACCCCAAGUAAAGGAAUAUUGUGAACAAAAGGGGAUUCCUUUUAAAAUUCUCCUCCUCCUAGACAAAGCACCCGGACAUCCCCCACAUCCUGACAGUCUCCACCCCGAUGUAAAGGUAGUUUAUCUACCCCAAAACACCUCAGCUCUCCUACAGCCUCUGGGAAUGGGGAUGAUCUCGGCAUUCAAGAUGUACUAUUUGCACGCAGUGUUUGCCAAAGCCUUAGCCGCGAUGGAAUAUGAUAGAGUAACGGUGCGCGAGUUUUGGAAAAACUACAAUAUCCUGCAUUGCAUUGAAAACAUUGCAAUCGCCUGGCAGGAUGUGAGUGGGAAAAGUAUGCAAGAGUUUUGGAGAAAGUGUUUAAAACGUUUUGUUGCUCUCACAAGCAACUUUGAGCUAUUUCACCGAAUCCCAAAUUUGGACGAAAUAAAUCGGAAAAUUUUGAUGCUCACGGGAUUCCUUGAUUUAGAGGUCAAUGCCGAAGACGUGAAAAAUUUGGUGGCGUAUACGGAAGGGGAGCUAUCUAACGAAGAUUUAAUUGAACUGAAGGAAGAACUGGAAGCCCAAAAGAUCGUGGAAGAAGAGGUGGAGAAAGAAGAAAGGAAAGAAGAAAGGAAAGAAGAAAGGAAAGUUGUGGAGGUGCGGCCCAAAACGUUCAGCCUGAGAAGAUUGGCCAGUGUUUUCUCGAGUGUGAACAAAAUUUUAUCCGAAUUAGAGAGCAUGGAUCCGGAUGUGGAACGUUUUAGAAGGGUACACUGGGAAAUGUGUGAAAUCUUAAAAUGUUACCGUGAAAUAUAUGAAGGAAAAAAGAAAGAAAAGAAUGAUAAAGAAAACAAACAGAGCGGGUUGCUGAAGAAAGUUACUCCUCCUCCAGCUCCCCUUCCCUAUCCUUUGCCCUUCCCAUCUACAGGAACACAAAGCCCAGAAGAUCCACAGCCGUCAACCAGCUACGCCAGUGGAUCCGAUGUUCCUGAAAACACAGACAACUAUGAAUAUUUUCAAGGAUUUAUAUCCAAUCUGAUGCUUACAGGCAUCCCAAUCCCAGCAUUAUACGAUACUAAUAUCUCCCCAAUUGGAGGAAGAGGCCUUGGAGAUUGUGAAGGGGAAGCGUUCCCUGGAGAUAAAGCAAGAGAAUGAAGAGGAGGCCAACUCACUAGAAUAUGGUGGAUAUGGGACAACUCAUAACAAGAAGACCUUCCAGGUGGGAAAAUCUGAAGAAAUAGAUUUUGGAAGAUUCCAUUAAAAGGAGUCAAACGAUCACUUCUCUGGGGUUCCAGGAUUAAAGAAAGCCAGUACAUCCACCAGGAGUACAAAAGCAGACAGCAAAGAAAGCCAAUGAAACUUUCCUGCCUGAAGAUGGCAAUCAAAGUUUGAACGAAGCCAAUUUUCAGCGGGGGCACCAAGUCUGGAUUUAAGAGGCACCAGAGAUGAUGUGCAACUAUCAGUGUUUGAAUGUGCAAGUAAAGGAUAACUGCGUAAAUAAUAUACUCUUUGAGAACAUUAACAGCAAACCCCAUUUAUUCCACAGGGAAAACCCUCAACAAGAAAAAAAAAAUCAUGUUUGCUCAGAGCGCGGAAUUUUUUUUGGUUCUAAGCAAAUCUCCUGAAGACCAUCCAAACCGGAAGGAAGCCACAUAAGCCUUCAAACUGCAGGAGAAGUUUCACCGCAGAAUCAACUCUGAUUAAACAUGAGAAGUUCUAUGCGUGAGAGAAGCUGUACACAUGCACUGAAUGUGGAAAAAACUUUUUGGGGAAAAGGGCAUUCUGGUCAAGUUUCUGAGGGGGGAGGAAUGCCACAUAAAUGCGCUCAACUGCAGCAAAAGUUUCAUUGGGUGAGAUGCCCUCAUCAAACACGAGCGAAGGAGAGAAGCCGUAUGAAUGCUUCCAAGUUUAAAAGCUGCCAUCUUUUAAACACUCCAGGGUGAGAAGCUUCACAAGUAUUUAUUUAGACCUUGGCAAAAGCUUCAACGAGAGAGGAUGGCUGGUGAAAAAUGAAGCAUUACAGAAGUGGUAUCAGCGCUUAGGCAGAAUGCAGAUCUUCAAUCACAGCUUGUGUUCUACACAAGAGCCCACCUAGGAGAGGCCACAGGGGUGUGUCCUCAAUACGAAAAGACUUUCUUUCUAGCUCAAAUCCAGAAAGCCUAUCGUGGUGCACACGAGCACACCGGAAGCCCCAUAAAGUUUUUCUGUGGCGGGAAAAUAUCCAUUAGAAAAUGGCCUGCCAGUGGAUUCAUCCCUGAGGGAAACCAUCAAGAUGCUCAGUGGGAGAGAAAGGUUCUGUUCAUUCCUCCAUGCUUCGUAAACAUAGGAAAAUCCACUCAGAAGCGACGUCCUGGAGGACAAGGUUGGUGUUCGGGUCUACCAUGCAUUCUCAGAGAUAGUGAAAACGAUACUAGCGUUGGGGGGAAACAUCAGACAGCAGAGAGGAAGCACAAGGAACAAGGAUGAUGGCUUUGAAAAAUAUUGACACAUUAAAGUGUUAUAAAGAAGCGCUUGUUUCACACUGAAGUACUUUGUUCAACCUCUAGCAUAGCAGGCAGGUUAAAAAUGACGCUUCCCUCAAAUCUUGGUACAGGAGGCUGUGAAUUGUAAUCCCACUUUAGCCAUGAAAGCCAACUGGAUGAUCUUGGGCCAGUCACUCUCUCUCUCUCU